AUGCUUGACGAUAAACUGGUGCCUACAAAUCCGAGCACAAUUGUUCGUCCUAUCACACUACCAAAUCCGUAUCAUCCUGUAAAUACAGCAGCUCAAGCAGUGAAAUCUUCUACACAAACACACACUGAUCUCCUCAUUUUGUUACGCAAAUAUGAUUCGGAUGCCGUACGUCCAUUUGAUUUUAUAACUCAUGUGAAAUUAUUCACAUUUAACUCUGUUGAAUUACGCUGGGAACAUACAGCACAGAUCGAAGGUACAUUUUUUGCCUAUGAACGCUAUCAACGUGAACAACCUUCAUUAACAAAUGUCAUACCAGCACCACGAAUUGUUUUUGCAUUUGGUAUUAUUAAUAAUGAUAAUAGCUUUAUUCAGAUUAUUACACAGGACAUGACACAACAUAUUAAUAAAACAUUUUUAUUCUAUGAAGUCGCACGAAGUGAUAAACGUGAGGUUUAUUGUUUGCAUUUUGUUAAUGAAAAUGAUUGUCAACGAGCACAUACGUUUUUAAUAAACUGUAAUAAUAUAACACGUCAUCAACAAGCACAACAACAACAACAACAACAGCAUCCAGUUUUAUCACAACCGUUCAAUCAGCAGUUCCCGGUACUACCACAACAACGUCCACCAUUCUAUCCGAUGAUGGCUGAUCCUAACUUUGGUUCUCCCUAUCCACUUGUGACGCGAUGGCCACCACAAUUUAAUGGACACAUUCUACCCCAUCCAACAUUUCAAAAUACAGGAUCGGUGCAAUCACCUGCACAUAAUUUGAGUGAUAGUACAAACUGGCCAAUACUACCGCCUGCAUCACUUGCUAUUCAACCAAAACAAGAGCAGCAUCAACAUCAGAUUAAUAAUUCUACUCUGACUGCUUCUGUUCCAUUUCCACACACUCAACCUAAUCGAGCAUAUCCUCCUACUAAUCGCCAUUUUAAUCAUCCACAUCCUGAACAAUCACCACCCACGUUAACUGCUCCAUCAAAUAAUAAACAACAUUUCGUAGAACAGGAAAAAAGCAUCGAACAAUUGCCAUCAUCAUCAACGAAACCACCCAAUUCUAUAGAUAGCAUACAAUCCAAGAACAUUCAAUCAUCUUCUUCUUCAUUACCAUCUUCACCAGUUCUAAAUUCUACACAUAAUUCAAAUGGAAAUAGUGAUUCAGUUGAAGAUGCAUCGUUACAGUUGAAACGAUUAUUGAAUAUUCGUGGUCAAGUUGAGUUCAAUGAAAAUAAUCCGAUUAAUGAAACAGAGUGUAUUGCAUCAUCAACGGUGAAAACAACAAAUCAUGAUUUUUUAACGGAAUCAGCACAAAACCAUAUUGGUCUUUUAUCAAAAACCGGUUAUUUUCAUGACGAAAAAGUUAGACAACAACAAAAUCAAUCAUCAACUGUUUCAUUAUUACCACCUUCUGCGUUUGAAUCAGUCCCUACUAAAUCAGUUACACCAGCUUUGACACUUGCAGGACCCGGCGCCAUCGGAGCUGAACGUUCAACUAGAAAUGGUAAUCUUGUGCCGUUUUUAUACCAUCAACAACGUGCUCAAUCUGUUAUACCGCACUCCUCUACAACAUCAACAAAUGAAUCAUUUUUUCUUCCACAACAGCGUCCAAUUGCCCAUACAAUAAAAUGUUCUCAAUGUGGUAAUCAUUCAUCAACUUAUUGUGAACCACCUAUUCAAUCCGGUCCAUUAAAAAAGGAAGAUUUUCGUCAUAUAUUUAUUAAUUUGAUACAAAACGAUGAGCAUUUUUUCAACAUUAUUUAUCAAGCAUGCACAGUUUAUCCUUCAACAUCGCCAUCACAAUAG